ACCUCCCGAAAAAAAAACUAUAUUCGUUUUAUUUGUAAUGUGGUGUGAAUGGUUUUCAAGAAAAUGUUAGGAGAAGCUUCUUGUAUUUCCAAACGAUGUUGUCAUAGCAACUUUUCUCUUGGAAUCAUUCGGCCAACAAAAGAGAGCCAGGCACAAAACCAUGAAAAUGGAAGAGAUACAUUUCACAAAGAUAUAAAAAUGGAUUCCCUGGAAGGAUACUGGGCCUAUUUGGUAAACUGCUCUCGGUCUCUGAUACUGGAUCAUGGCUACUGGACAUCAGAGGGUGAGAAAGAUCUGGAGGACAUGUUGAUGGUCAGAUUGAGCAGUUUGCUUUUAAAGAGUCUGGAUCAGAUUGGAUCUUGCAGAGCACUGCGAAUUUGUAUCUUGGCUGACAACUUUCUGACCAGGAUCGAAGCUCUGAUGGAAUGUACUCACUUGGUGAAGUUAGAUCUGAAAGGAAAUCAGAUCGUUCAGCUCCCUGAUGCUUCAUGUUGGAGUCAUCUGAAGGAAUUGCAACUUCUAUAUCUACAUGACAACAACAUGUCAACCUGGAACAAUAUUAAAGGCCUGUUGGGCUGUUUAAACCUGACUGCUUUAACUCUCUCUGACACCCCGCUCAGUUUAAAGAAGAACUACAGACACUGUCUGGUCAACAACAUAUGGUCACUGAAGGCCUUGGACAACUUUGUUAUCUCUGAUGAGGAAAUCAUUCAAAACUGGUCUCUUCCCUUUCGAUUCAAAGCCAUGAAACAACACUUUUGUGUCAGUUUGUACCCAUCUACAAAGUCGAAUUCAUUUGAGACCGAGAUGAAAGCAACAUAUAACAUAAUCUCUGAGAUAAACAGGAUUCAGGCCUUUUAUUCCCCUACACUUAUUAUACAGCGCUGGAUUCGAGGCCAUUUAAUUAGAAAAAGUCUUGGGCUUUGCAGUACAAAGAAACAGAUAACGUCUGGGAAACCAUUCAUUCCCAUGCCUUUGAGGGUAGAAAAGGACCAGGUACAAUCCCAGUCUCAGAAAACCAUGAAAGAGGACACAGAUGACCACCCUGAACAAGUUUUACAGGAUGCUGCAAAUGUUAAAUCAGAUGACAAUCAACAACACAUAAAAGCACCACACAACACCCCUCGUCUGAAAUCUGAAGCCCAUCUAAACAUUUUUGACCAAGAUAUCAGUGUGAAUGUUGGUCCCUGUAAUGAAGAAAUUGAAGACGGAACCUUUCAUGUUUUGGGACUAAAAGCUUUGGUCCACCAGAGUGAGUCAUUGAGUGACAUGUUGUGGUCCCAUAAAGCUGCAGGACAGGACAUCCGUGAGGCCAUAAGCCAUUUUCACACUCAGUCGCAGUCACCUGCCAUUACUCCAGGGCAGCGUCUGAUUGGUUGCUGCCAUGACAAAAUCAGCCUCACCCCCUUCAAAGUCAUUGAAAGAGCCCACCAAGCAUUUGAGAAAACCAGAAUGCAGAGACACCUUGCAGAGAAGGUAACUGAGCGCCACAUUGACCGUGAAGUAGCCAAGGGUCAUCGAGACAUCUUUAGAGAGGCUCGCAGAACAGAAGUGCAUCUGCGGCAGGAACGGGAAAGGGUGGAUAUGGAAAAAACGCUCAUUCUACAGAGAGCCAAGCUGGGGCAGGACAUCCAUCAUACGCGUCAGAAACAUGCCCAGUUUUUGGAAGAGAAGAGGAUGAGGAUCCAGGAGCAAGAAAUGGUUUGCUGUUUCAGCCAACAGCACAACUCUCUAGCGAGGGCAGUGCUCAGAUACAACACAUGGAAACGUGGUAACCAGCAAUAAAUGCAUGAUUGCUUUUGAUUAAACUCUCAGUUUAAUAUGACAUUUACAUAUUGGUUAGUUAGAACCCUUUGUGUACAGUAGCUUCAAAAGCAGAUUUACUGCACUAUAGUACAGAAUAGUAUAAUAUAAUAAAGUACUUACCAGAAGAUGUCUGUAAAGAUUACAUUAUAGACAUUGGGAUCUGCUCCUCUUUUCAAAAUCCAAAAUAUUACAUAACAGGAAUCCAAAAAUAGUCCCAGUAAUACACAACCACCCCCGUCCGUCAUGCACAAGUAUUAAGGAACUAGUAUUAAGCCACCAACUUUACAUAACAAAUAAUUCCACAUUAACUGGGUCAUUAUUACACUCUUUAAAUAAGCACUUAAGAAAGAUUAACAGAACAGAUUCAAAUCAUUGCAGUGCAAAAUAAAAUAUAUCUAUUAUUUUUUGCUAUAGUUCUCAACAGUCGUAGUAUAACAGGAGGAUCUUUAAAUGCCAAGGCAAGUUUAGCUUGACAAUAAAUAGAGAUGAGCUACACUAAAUUUCUACAAGUAACAGUAUUUAUUAAAAAAAAGUCCUGUUCAGCGUAUCAGCAGUGUGAAAUUCAAUGCAUUGUUCUGGCCUGACAUGAAAAGGUAGACUCUAGCAUCCGUCACUAACUAGACUGAAAAUCUAUGUCCCAGGAAGUACCACAUAUCGACCUUGCCACCUAUUUGAAGUUUAUUCAUUUUAUUUUGAGUACUUUGAGUCAUUGAGAAUGACAACAGUGCAAUACGCUAGCUCAGACUUCUGGAAGUGGCAUCUGUAGAGAAUUUUACAUUAUUGCACAUGACCCUAAAUUCUAGCUUAAAGUCUAAAAGGGGAAAUAUCUAAAAAAGAGAAUAAUGAUCUUUUUAAAAAAAAAUUAUAAUAUUAAUAUUCAUCAAGGCUACAUA